UUGUAGGUUUUGAGGAAUCAGUGUCUCUGUCUCAGUGCUAGUGUGAGUGUGAGUCCGUGACACACUUAUCCACCUACUUUCAUUUGAGCCACUCUUCUCAGUCCAAAACAGUUUCUCGUUUUCUCAUCUGAAAAAUGAGGAGCAUCUUUGUCCUUCUCCUUGUUCUGGGUUUGUUUAAGUAUGCAUUUGCUGAAGAAGGGUUUUGCUCUGCUCCUUCGGAAUCGAAAUCAAAGCCUCUUUAUUGGAAAGUGGAUAACCCCACUCUCUCACCUAUCCACCUUCAAGAUUUGCCUGGAUUCACACGCAGUGUUUAUAAGAGUAAUCAUGCUUUGGUAUCACCAGAAAGUCAUGUAUAUGGCCCAUUGCCUGAUUGGAUCGACACGUCAGGCGCAUAUUUAAUUUCACCAGAAAUGGGUUCACACUUUGUAAUGUACCUAGCUAAGUUGAAAGAAAAAUCAAAAUCAGGACUACCCCUGCCUGGUGUGGAGAGAUUUAUCUUUGUGCUCCAAGGUGCUGUCACCCUCACUAAUGCUGCUGGUGUUAGCCAACUACUGAAGGUUGAUUCUUAUGCUUAUUUUCCUCCAAAUUUUGAACAUUCAAUUGAAUGUGAUACACCUGCUACUAUUGUGGUAUUUGAACGGAGAUAUUCUCCGCUACCAAAUCAUAUCCCAGAGCCAUUGGUUGGUUCAACUGAUAAGCAGCCACUCCUUGAGACUCCAGGCGAGAUUUUUGAACUGAGGAAGCUAAUUCCAACAUCUUUGGCAUAUGACUUCAAUAUCCACAUAAUGGAUUUUCAACCUGGAGAAUUUCUUAAUGUGAAGGAGGUCCAUUAUAACCAGCAUGGUUUGCUGCUACUGGAAGGGCAAGGCAUUUAUCGUUUGGGUGAUAGUUGGUACCCAGUUCAGGCUGGUGAUGUCAUUUGGAUGGCACCAUUCGUCCCACAAUGGUAUGCUGCCCUGGGAAAAACAAGAACACGUUAUCUUAUAUACAAAGACGCGAACAGAAGCCCACUGUAACCAACGUUGAUGGACUUCAGAUGAAUGAUAUGGAUGAUAGUGACCCCCUUCUAAUGAUGUAAUGAUUUAAAUAAAGUGCUAAAUACAUUUAGAUGGUUGUAUUGGACUAAGAUUUUAAAAGAUUAUUUUUGUUUAAAAAAAUCUUUUGGAUUUUAAAAGAUUUUGUAAUAAUUGUAACGACUUCUAGAGUGCGUUUGGAUGAGAGAAUUUAAAAUUUUGAGAAAUUUUAAAUUUUAAGAA